UCUAAAUACCUGCCAUCGUUUUGGAAUGACGAUGCUGCUAUGCAGGGUUAUAUGAGCGUUAUAAAGGCGCGAGCCGUGAACCCUGUGGAUUACGAUCGGAAGAUAAAGUUCUGGACGAAUCUGAUCUCGUCGUCUUGUGAGGUGGAAGGCAAUGCUAUCGUCAGUGCUGACAUACUCAAGCGACGUUUUAGACGUGGUGAUCAAAUACCAUCCAGUAUACCAGCAGUUGUAGAACACUUACACAAAUCAGGUGUACUGAUACCGUUAUCGAAAUGGGAAGAACAACACUCUUCGUGGAUGGGAUGGGGUUUCCAGCGGCUGAGUAAAACGUCAGAGUGGCUGUUUGGAACUUCUAAACCCAGUACAUCUGAACGCUAUAUUCAUUUAGAAACAAUAAGAAUGAUGAAGUUAUACAACAGAGAGUUUCACUCUGAAAUUGAUGGAACAGGCAGUAUAGUGGCGUAUUCCACGUUCUACAACUCCGAAAACUUCGACAUUGUACUGGCCCAUCUUUCUGAUAGAGGCGAUGUUACCGUUGGACAAAGUCGCGAUGGUGAGCAGAUUUUAAAGUUUAGAAUCAUUGCUCAUGUUUUUUUUGUUCCCUUGCGAGUUCUCUAUCUUGGGAUUUUCUCUAGGAUAGCAAUGAACCUGUUAGAUUUACUGAAACCGAUGCUAGCGUACACGACAUCCGACGAGCCAUCUCUGCGAAACAAGGACAAGAUCAAGGCAGCAAAUCUACUACGGCAAAAGAAACACGUCCAAAAAGAUAUAUCUGAUAAGGACUCUCAAUAUCAACGAUUACUGACGAUGUUGCAGCAGCUUUCCGCCACCAAGCAUAACAAAGAAAUUCUGGAUGCCUAUAAGGCAGGAACAGCGGCUUUCAAGGCCAAUCUUGCUCGACAUGGCAUGACCGCUGAAAAGAUUGAUGAAAUGAUGGAUGAGGUUUCAAAUUCAAUAGACGACUAUCGUGAAAUCGAAGAAGCUAUAGGGCAAGCGUUUGUGCCAAAACAACAUGACGACGACGAGCUUGAGAAGGAGUUGGAGGAUCUUAUUUCAAAGCAGAGGCCGAUAGUGUCUCUUCCGGAAGUUCCAACAAAUACUUUGGGUUUUCGUGAGUUCGAUGAAGAUGAUGCUAUGAGUCUUCAGAAACGCCUAGAGAGGCUGCGGUCUGCCGUGUAG